UUUUUGUUUUCUGUCGAUGUAUAGAAGUUUGUCUCUCUGCAGAUUUGUGUUAAUUUCAUCCAGUUUUGGGGGAAUCAGGGCGUUUCAUGCACAGAUCCGACUGGAGUAUUUUGUCCGUAUCCACUGCUUGUCGUGAAGAUGAGUACGUCAAUCGGCAAAGUGGUUAAACCUAAGCGCAAGGUCAAUGUUAUGAAGCAUAUUAUUACAGCACAGGCUACUGGCCGUGGGUUCUCGAAUGCGAGGAUGCUUCCAGACGAAUUGAUAAAAUGUGCAGAGGACCGUAUCGGAGCUACUACGCAGGGCUACCAGGGAAUCCCGGAAAACAUUCGACGGCUGGACAAUAUGUCUGGAAACGGUGUUGGACACAUCGUACCCACACCAUUACCUGCUAGUCGAGAUUCAACAAGGGGUAGAGACCCUACAAUCCCCAGUAUUUUAAAAGAUAUUGGUAGUCUCUUAAGCCAUGAAGGUUUUCAAGAAUAUCCUUCCGGUACCGGCAUACAAAAAGAAAUCCGGGUAAUCAAUUCAGAAGUCUUCAAUCUUUUUGGAGGACUUGAGCUGGUUUUACAAAUUCUAUUAAGGCCAUCACUUUUUCCAGUCAAUACUGCCAAGUCACAGUCAACAGAAUUUAUGAAGUCUGUAGCUUGUACGUGUCUGGAUGUUUUACAUCACUUAUGUUUAAAUAUGACAAAAAUUGCAGUUCAGUUAUCAGAAAGAGAUGAUCUGAUGCCUUAUUUAUUUACAUUGAUGGGGGAAAGAAAAUGCUUUUUAAGUGCAGCAACGUUGAUGGAGGAUUUACUUGGAAAUAGACAACAAAUGGUCAGAUUAGAUGAAAUAACCAAUUUAAAAGGCCUUGUAGACAGUUUUGAUCAGCAGCAGCUAGCAAAUUUUUGUAGAGUACUUUCAAUAGCAGUUUCUGAUUUGGACUCGUCGGAGGACCGAAUGACACUUGUCGCACAGGAUGAAGCGUCACGAAAACAGACAGACGUGCCAAUAUCUGAAAUCAAUCAAGGUAUUUUAGUAGACCUACCUGGUUUUAUAAAAAGACUAGUGGAGGUAGCUGGUAGAAGACUGCCUUCACCAAGCCAAAAUUUACCAGCCCUGUUCAAUGAACUUGAAAGCUGGGUGACGUGGUUAGACAGUUCGUUGGCAUUUGAUGCCUUGAUGGAGGUUGCACAAGAAGAGGAAGAAGUAUAUUUAACAAUACCAUUAGAUGCAGGACAAGGCGAUACGUCAAUAUUACCUCAGUCAAUGCGUGUAAUGCAUGAAGUUAUGUAUAAAGUUGAAGUGUUGUAUGUAUUGUGUCUGUUACUAACAGGCAAACAAAGAAAUAAGGUGCAUGACCUGCUUGCUGAUUCUCGAUUAGUACCCUCAAUCAACGACAUAUUUGAUAAAAUCAUCUGGAAGUGUAAUCUACGCAGCAGUCCGGAUCCUGAACUAGACGACAGCUGUGAAUGCAGUCCUGAAAUAGCACUCAAGAUACAAUUCCUAAGACUUGUGCACAGUUUCUGUGAUCACCAUCCAAACAAAUACCUAAUGCUGACUCGUACCGAGAUCAAUGAGUUAAACAGGAUAGCUAAUAACGCACGAGUGCCUAUCUUAGAUUCAGUUAAAAAUAUCAAUAGACAAUUGCUAUGUGUUGGACAGAAGGGUUUACUCACGAAGGUUGUUGAAGCCACUAAGAAAGAACCUGUUGAGUCUCCCUUUAGGUUCUGGUUAGGCAGAGCUAUUGAAAGUUUUCUCCGUGGUGCUACGUCAUUUGCUGAUCAAACCUUUUUACUUCGGAGAGGGCUCUUGAGGUAUCAUAUUAUAAGACAUAUGAUAGACAAUGAUGUCAAGUCUAAAGAAAUCUUACAGAGUAGUUUUGAUCUGUUGGGUGAGCUGAUGAAAUUUAAUGUCAAUGCCUUUAAACGUUUCAACAAACUAAUAACGUCAGAAACUGAUUUUGCGAAUUUCAUAUCACUUAUAAAAGACAACAUUGUUGAUUCAAAUAUGUUUAUCAGAUGUAUGAUUCUGUCUUUGGAACAUUUUGAAACAGAGCAGACUGAACAUAAAGAGUAUGCUACAACCAAAUGCAAGUUGCUUGGCUUCAUUUUGGAAAGAAAAGCUCGACUCCAGUUUUUAUUUAAACUAAUCAAUGUUAUUAAAGUGCAAAGUCUUACACAGGAAAAUGUGAGUUGUUUGAAUACCACGCUAGUAUUUCUCAUGUUUGCAAAACAGAAAGGUGAAUUACAGAGCUCUUGCAUUAGUUUUGACAUCUGGAAGAAGACUGUGGAAGAGCUUUUGGAAGAUGACCCCAACAAUGACUUGACCGUGUCACACUACCUUACAAAGAAUUGUAUAACGUAUAAGUGA